GAUGACUCGGUAGACAGCUCGCAUCUGGAGGAGAGGGUAAUGCCGCUGCGGUGCUUGUGUGAAAUGGAUGGAUUAUCGUAACUACAAAGCAAGACGCACAACAAGAUCGCCAGUGGCGGAUUUAGUCUUGAUCACAUCAUUGCGGAUUGUGUGGUGGAUUAGCAGAAGGUUAUAUCCAAAUCAGUGUUCGUGAGAAGCUGCAUAUCGGUUGUGAUCAGAGUCGGAGCCGUCACCAGAACCCGGGGAACGCCCAGCCCAGUGUGUUGAUGCCAAGUCUUUGACCUUGUGCUGUACUGGGACUAUUGGAGAAGAGCAUCACUCUCACCGUUACAGAGGGAAAUCCCGCUGGUUUUUCCCAGCCCCACUGACGGCCAAGGAAUUGGGGCUAGGGUGGUUCACACGCGCGAAGGAAAUCUCCUUUGAAAUUGGAAAGCUGGGAAAGGUUCCCGAGUCAGACAGCAUCAGGAGCUUCGACGCCUCUAAGGUGGUCGGCGUUUCCGUGUGAAGGGAAAAGAUAGGAAGGUCUGCGUGAUGAAUAUGAGCGCAGUACCCUAUCAGCAGAAUUCGUAUAAUCUUGGAGGUGUGCCCACAAGCAUACGAUGUUACAGAUGUGGAGGAGUGUGCAAAGGAGAGGUCGUGCGGGUUCAUAAUAAUCACUUUCAUGUCAAGUGUUUUACCUGUCAAGUUUGUGGUUCUGACUUGGCCCAAGCAAACUUCUUCUAUAAAAAUGGAGAAUACAUCUGCACAUUGGACUAUCAACGGCUGUAUGGCACUCGUUGUGACAGUUGUGGAGACUUCAUCGGUGGAGAGGUGAUCUCAGCUCUGGGGAGGACAUUUCAUCCAAAGUGCUUUGUCUGCACAGCCUGCAGGAAACCAUUCCCAGUUGGAGACCGUGUUACUUUCAGUGGGAAAGACUGUGUAUGCCAGCAAUGCUCUCAUACGUUAAUUACUGCUUCUGAGCCAAUAAAGAUUCAUGGACCCAGUCAGUGUGCUGGCUGUGGGGAUGAAAUCAAACAUGGACAAUCAUUGCUGGCCUUGGAGAAGCAAUGGCAUGUGAGCUGUUUCAAAUGCCAGUCUUGUGGUCUUGUGCUGACAGGAGAAUAUAUCAGCAAGGAUGGUGUUCCUUAUUGUGAGACCGAUUACCAUUCACAGUUUGGCAUUAAGUGUGAGACUUGUGACAGAUAUAUCAGUGGGAGAGUGCUGGAGGCAGGAGGCAAGCAUUACCACCCAACAUGUGCAAGGUGUGUCAGAUGUCACCAGAUGUUCACAGAGGGAGAGGAAAUGUACCUCACAGGCUGUGAAGUGUGGCAUCCACUUUGUAAACAGUCUGCUAGAAUGGAAAAGAAGCUUCGGCACAGGCGUACUUCUGAAACUUCCAUCUCUCCUCCUGGAUCUAGCAUUUCAGGAUCACCAAACCGGGUCAUCUGUGCAAAAGUGGAUAAUGAAAUACUUGACUAUAGGGAUCUGGCUGCUCUUCCCAAAGUUAAAACUAUCUAUGAUAUUCAGCGUCCUGAUCUGGUUUCCUACGAGCCAUAUUUCAGAUCUGCGUCAGAAGACAGACUUGAAAGACAUAGUUUUGGGGAGUCACUCGGGAUGCUGUCACCAUACUCACAGGAUUUAUAUGAUGGGAUUGAUUUAAGACAGAGAAGAUCUUCCAGUCCUGGAUACAUUGACUCUCCUGCGUACAGUCGACAGGGGAUGUCUCCCACAAUGCCUCGAUCACCCCAACAUUACCACAGACCAGGCACUGAAAGUGGCCGGAGUUCACCUUAUUAUACCCAGCUAGACAUCAAGCCAAGCCCUGCUCAGACACCUACACAUUUCCAUAUACCAGCAAGCGGAGAAAUCACUAAUAUCUACAGGAAGCCCCCUAUCUAUAAGCGACAUGAAUAUGUAUACAUAGCAACGAAAAGCAAAACCAGUGAGGAUAUUGUUCAAUCUGCAAGAUAUCCAGCAGCUUACUCUCCAGAUAUCUUCCAGCAGUCAGAGUCAGAAUACUGGCCUUGCCCAGUUUCACCCAAAGCAUCGAGAUCAAGUCGGAGAUCUUCUUCUGGCACUGAAGAUGAUAGCCAAAAUAUUUGGGACCAGGGUAUUCAGAGGAUACAAAGUGGCAUUAACCGAUUAAUUCUGAAGGAGGAGAUGAAAGCCAGAUCAGGGAGUUAUGAUAAUGACCCCUGGCCGACACGCAGCUCCACAACAAGUCGGGAAUAUCUGCAGAAUGUUGGCUAUGAGUCCCCAGUGAAUGGAUCUCCCAGAGGAACAUAUAUGGGAGACAGCGAUCCACUAAUUUCCAAGUCUGCUUCUCUUCCUGCCUAUAUGAGAAAUGGUUUGCACAGGCCUCAGAGUGCUGACAUUUUCCAAUAUGACAACGACAGUUCUGUUAACUGGGGAAUGAGAGAAUACAAGAUUUAUCCAUUUCAUCUGCUAAUGGUAACCACCAGAGGUCGGAAUAAGUUACCAAAAGAUGUUGACAGAACAAGAUUAGAGCGUCACUUGUCUCCAGAAGAUUUCUACCGAGUGUUUGGAAUGACGCUGGGAGAGUUUGAUCGACUUGCAUUGUGGAAAAGGAAUGAACUGAAGAAACAAGCACGGCUUUUUUAAGCAUACAAAGAAGUCCCAUUACAGAAAAGGAAAGAGAAAUUGUAAGGUCUUGCCUACCCAAGUAUACAAAACAUUUAACCACACAAUCUGUUCAUAGUGUUUUCAUACCAUUAUAAUAUAAGAAGCUACAUGUAUUCUCUGAAUGUUUUGCAAAUGUUGGUCACUUGUGGGCUCAUAUUUCCAUCAUAUGAAAGUUUUAUGAUGUAAUUAUUAAUCUUCAGAUUUCAUGGGCCCAGAUUCAUGUUUAAAAUUCAACUUUGGGGAAAAAAAGGAUUAUUUGUUGUUAGUCUCUUAAUUUAUCGCUUGUUUAUUCUUGCUCUGUUUUGCUUUUCUAUAUCAGUUCUUACUGCAAGCAUCAAAUUACUUUAUUACAUUUAAGUUACAUAACUGAAGGAGAAUUAGUAAAUGUCAAAUCUCUGCAGAAGAGCGCAUUGCAGACAUAAUGUAUGAUUGGAAUAGCUUUUGUGGAUAUUGUCCUAAACAAGAAUCAUUAUGGUCUCACAAUUAAACACUUGUAUAAUUAUGCAAUUUACUGAAAUGAUAAUUGACAUUUUUUUCUCAGUGAUAUAGAGCCCAUAUAAUUGUUUUUCACUGUCAGUUGCUGCAUCCUGUUGAAUAAAUAAAUGAUGUAGAUUUGGCUUAAAAAGAUUUGUGCUCAUUUCAAUUUAGCUACAACGUGUUAACUUGCAAUUUUUUGCUGUGGAGAUAAUGUUGGAAUUCCAGGCUGGAUCAAAAGUGGAGACAAGGAAAAUUGCUUGCCACUGAUUGGAAUUUGAAACAGAAACCAGUUCUUCUGGGAUUCUGCCAAUUAUUUUUCCAUAUGUUCUAUGUUGGGUGAAGUGGCAUGCCCAGUUAUCCACUGCCCUCCUGCUAAUGUCAAAGAUGCCCCUCUGGACUAUUCCAGAAAUUUCACCAUAUGGAUCUCUGUGUUCAGAACCAUUCAUGACUCUUCAGAUACUGAAGCAGACCAUGUCCAAAUGAAGCAAGACCUGGACAUUAUCCAGGAUUGGGCUGAAAAGUGACAAAUAACAUGCAUGCCACAGAUGUUGAAAUAAAAACCUACCUACUUUCACGCAGAGGAUGGUACGUGUAUGGAAUGAGCUGCCAGACGAAGUGGUGGAGGCUGGUACAAUUGCAAUAUUUAAAAGGCAUCUGGAUGGGUAUAUGAAUAGGAAGGGUUUGGAGGGAUUUGAGCCAGGUGCUGGCAGGGGGGACUAGAUUGGGUUGGGAUGUCUGGUCGGCGUGGACAGGUUGAACCGUGCUGUACAUAUCUAUGACUCGAUGAGAAAUGCCAGGCAAUGACCAUCUCCAACAAGAGAGAAUCUAACAUUGUCCCUUGACAGUCAAUGACAUUACUGUUAUUACCACCAUAUUGGGGUUAUUAUUAGCAUUAUUACUAGAAAUUAACUGUACUAGCCAUAUAAACAUGGUGGCUGCAAGAGCAUGUCAGAGGCUAGGAAUCCUGCAAUCAGAACUCAAGUUCUGAUUCCCCAAAGCCUGUCUGACCCAUUCUAUAAGGCACAAAUCAGGAGUGUGACAGAAUACCCACCACUUGCCUGGAUGAGACCAGCUCCAGCAACACUCCAGAAGCUUCACACCAUAUAGGACAAAUCAACCCACUUGAUUGGCAUCAAAUCGGCAAACAUCCUCUCCCUCUGCCGUCAAUGCUUAGUGGUAGCAGUGUGCAACAUCUUUAAGAAAUUAAAUAGGUAUUCUCCUUAAACAGCACAUUAAAAUUUACAACAUUUCCAUGUAGAAGGACAAGGAACACCUCUACCCUGCAAGUUCCCCUCCAAGUCCCUAGCCUGAGUUGGAAAUAGAUUGCUUUUCCUUUCAUAUCAUCAGGUCAAAGGUCUGGAACUCUCUCCCAACAACAUUUACCCAUAACACAUGGGCUGCAGCAGUUCAAGAAGGCAGCUCACCACAAACUUCUCAAGAUCAAUUAUUGAUGGUCAAUAAAUGUCAACCCAGCUAGUAUGCAACACCCAUGAGUGAUUUUUUUUAAAUUUUAAAUGCUUCAGUGGAACUCUCCACAACUGGGACUUGCCAUGAAGUUUACAGUUUUAUUUUUGAACAGCCCCAAAAGCUUAAAAGGGAAAGAUAAUUUAAGCUACAGAAGAUUGAUGAUCUUUGUUACAAGAUACCAGUACAGUCCACUCCACAGCAAAAGAUACCUUUUAUUCAACUCUGGGAAAGGCCUGUAUAGAGAAUAAGUUCAAGAAUGACUUAUAUUCCGAUCAUGCCUUUGAAGACACUAGGACAUUCAAAGUACUUAAGAGACUUUGAAGCAUAAUAUUUUAGUAAUAAUAAUUUAAUCCAGACAAAUGUGAGGUGGUGCACCUUGGAAGGUCAAGUACAAGUGGAAAUUACAUUGUGAAUGGCAGAACCCUUAGGAGUAUUGAUAUGCAGAAAGAUCUGGGUGUGCAGGCCCACAGAUCACUGAAGGUGGCUGCGCAGGUAGAUAAGGUACUGAAAAAGACCUAUGAAUGCAUGUGUUCACUGGAAGGGGAAUUGAGUAUAAGGAUGAACAAUUAGCGCUGCAGGUUUAUAGAAUUUUAGUUAGGCCACACUUGGAAUAUUGUGUACAGUUCUGGUCACCACACUGCCAGAAGAAUGUGUAUGCUUUGGAGAUACAGAAAAGGUUUACCAGGACGUUGCCUGGUCUGAGGGAUUUUAACUAUGGAGAAAGGUUGGAUAGACUGAGCUUAUUUUCAUUGGAACACAGGAGGUUGAGGGGUGACCUUAAAGGAGUUUAUAAGAUUGUGAAUGGCAUGGAGAGAGUCGAAUGUAUGAGGCUUUUUUCCCUAGGAUGGAGGGGUUAAUUGCCAAGGGACACAGGUUCAAGGUUUGAGGGAACAAGUUUAAAAGAGAUUUGUGAGGCACAUUUUCAUAAAGGUUCAUUAAGGUCUCUGGAACACAUUGCCAGAGGCAUGGUGGAAGCUGACACAAUUACAGCAUUCAAGAAGCACCUGGAUGAAUACAUGAAUAGGAAGGCAAUAGAGGGAUACGGAUCCUGUAAGUGAAGGCAGUUUUAAUAUGGAAGGGCAAAAUGUGUUGGCACAGGCUUGGAGGAUCGAAGCCUCCUGUACUGUUCUUUGUUUGCUGUUCAUUUUCCCUGUUGUAAUUAAUGUCAAAAACACUGCAGCCAAUUUACACACAGCAAAUUCCCUUUUCCUCCGCUACGUCGAUGACUGUCUCCCAUGGGAAGGUUAAUCAGUUCAUCAACUUCACUAAAAUGUUCCACCCCAACCUUAAGUUUACCUGGACCAUCUUGGACACUUCCCUUCCCUUCCUGGACCUCUCUAUCUCCAUUAAUAGUGACCGACUCAACAUGAACAUCUACUACAAACCCACCAACUCCCACAGCUACCUGGACUAUACCUCCUCCUACCCUGCCUCCAGUAAAAACAAGAUCCACGCUCCCCACCAACCCACCCUUCCCUCCGGGCACCUUCCCCUGCCACUACAAGAAUUGCAAAACCUGCAUCCACAUUUCCCCCUUUACCUCCGUCACAGGCCUCAUGGCAGACUUCCACAUCCAUCAGAGAUUUACCUGCACUUCCACCCAUGUCAUUUACCGUAUCCAUUGAUCCCGGUGUGGUCUCCACUACAUUUGAGAAACAGGAUGCCUACCUGUGCAACGCUUCAGAGAACAUUUCCAGGACACAUGCACAAAACAACCCCACCCCCAAUGGCCAAACACUGUAACUCUACCAAGGUCAUACAGGUCCUGGGCCUCCUCCAUUGCCAAACCGUUACCACUUGACGCCUGGGAGAAAAUGUCUCAUCUUCUGCCUUGGGACCCUCCAACGUCUUUCUCACCUAUCCGCUCCACCCUCCUCUCCGACCUAUCACCUUCACCCCUACUUUCAUUUACCCAUUGCAUUCUCAGCUACCUUCCCCUCCCCCAGCCCCACCCCCUCCCAUUUAUCUACCUUCCUACCCUUGGCCCACCAGCCUCAUUCCUGAUGAACAGCUUAUGCUUGAAAUAUCAAUCCUCCUGAUCCUCAGAUGCUGCCUGACCGGCUGGUCUUUUCCAGCACCACACUGAUCUUCAGUAUCUGCAGUCCUCACUUUUCCCCAUAAAUACUGAUUUAUUAUAGUCAAAUAAUCAGUUUCAUUGACUUAGGAUAAACAUUUAUAAAUGACACUGUGGUGAAUUUUUCUUUGAAAUGUGCCUGUGAUAUUUUAUGCUUUUACUUGAAACAACAGACAGGGCCUUAGUAUCAUUUAAAGGAUGGCAUCAUUGACAAUGAGGCGCUCCAUCAGUACUGGCAGUAGCAGUGUUAGGUUAUAGGCUUAACUCUAUGGAACUGUCAACCUUCAGACACUGAGUUGGCAGUGCUACACGUUCUGCAGCAACUGAGAACCUCAGGCAAGGAAGUAGGUGCUAAUAAUGCAAGUUAUUCCCACAGUUCAGGACAGAAAUAGUGUCGCUGGCUGCUUUGGUUGCUUUUGGGUGUUCCACCUUUGUCUUGAACUGCAAGUUAUGAUGUCCAAAACUAAAUUAAGUAUUUCUGAGCCUAAUCUUUUCACACUUGCAAAUAAUGUAUACAACUUUUGCUUAAUUGUAUGUUAAGUAUUUUGAAUGUGAAAAUGCCUGACAAGAAUUUAUUGUGCAUUAGCAGCACACAACCUUUUCAACACUAAGU